AGAAACGUAGAAAUCUCUCGAUCGUCAGUGUGGAGGGAAGAAAUCGAUCUGAAGAACAUGACACAGUAUCAUCUGACACGAAUCUGGAUGUUAAUCGCAGUGGGCACGUGAUAAAAAUCGAACUAGAGCUGAAGGAAGCUCCGGACGACAUGAUCGUCGGAUCGACACCAUUCAAAUUGGACGUGACCGAUGAAAUCAAUUCGACCUAUCCAGAUGGCAUUCCGGAAGCAAACGCUGUUAUAGUCAGAGCUGAAGAGGCUUUGAUUGUCGUUUUGGUCCUCCUCCUUUGGGCUGCUGCGAUUGCGCUAUUUUUCAAUCGAUGGGGCAAGAUUAGAAUGUUGGAGCCGUAUCAACCGAAAUUUCAGCAACACAGACAAAGUUGCACUACGAUUGAACAAAAUCAACUCCAGAAUCGACGCACGUUCUCGAAAUGUAACAUACCCUGCGGGGACUAUCCGGCGGGACACGAAUUAAAUUACGCUUCGGGUCAAGUACGACCAAGGCAAAACAGUGUGUUCAUUGGAUCUAAUACGUCCUUGCUCCCUGGCGCUCAAGGUAUUCCACGUCGCACGAGAAGCGCGUUCGAUCUUCAAUUCUUGAUGUUUUCGGAGAACAACUCGUGCAGUGAACAGGAUACGUUAAAAAACUUGAAGUCAGCCAACGAGUCCACGAAAUUGUUGCAACGCGAACGAAAAACCAGUAUCUGUCAGUUAGACAGAAUCGAAACGUCCAAGCCUGUCUUUCGAGACAGAGGAAUGAGUGUCUGUCAAUUCGAUACUUCCUCGAAAUUAUGGCAACGAGAUCGCGGAAUGAGUGUCUGCCACUUCGACAGGAUGGAGGUACUUGCCAGACCGUUGCAAAGAGACCGUGGCGGAAGAAUCUGGCAGUUCGACAGAAUGGACGUGUUGGCCAAUCCGCUGCAGAGAGAUCGCACAGGCAGCGCCUACCAUUUUGACAGAAUGGACGUUUUGGCCAGGCCAAAUUGUUCUUUUGGCAAAUCCUUGUCGAGGGAGAGGCGCGUCAGCAUGUGUAACUUUCUGGAGAAAGACGAGGAAGCAGCGAAAGGCAGUCAAAUGGUACGGCGUUUAAGCAGCAACAACAUUGAGAAAAUCGUGAAGGAGGAGGUAUCCGUCGAAGAAGCGGAGUGUGAAACGGCGAUGCAGCAGAUAUUUCCCAAAUGCACACCCAAAGGAAAUAAAAAUGCUUCCUAUCAAUUGGACCAACCGUCUUGCAGCAAAACUCCUGACGUUGUGUUCGGAUACAAGGCUACUUGCGUGUAAUGUGAAAAGGUUAAAUGUAUGACUUAUCAAGGGAGAAUAUGUAUGCUAUACUUGAAAUUUAUGGAGUUAAUCAUCGUUUCAAUUUCAAGGUAUCGAAGGGUACUUGAAUGCAUAUGACAUAUAUUCAAUCACUAUAUGGUAAUAAAUAGAAAUUCUUAUAUAAAAUCGUAUCUAAGUGUAACACUUAUACCGACUGUAUAAUGUUCCAGAAAUGAAAUUAAAAAAUACUCCUUCCUUUUAAACGUACGACUCGUAAAGUUCCGAAAGAACCAAACUCCGUGUACAUAAUGAUUCAAAGGCGUCCGAUUCCGAGAAUAAUUCUACGACGAAAAAUAUAUUUUAUUAAUGUUAUACUUGGCUCUUUCGGUCAUAUUAUUCUGAGUGAAGGAAUCGUCCGAAUAAAUUUACACCGUGUAACAAAAUAACCACAACAGAAUUUGAAAGUGUACACGUUGUCAACGCUACGAGAAUUUUAGAAAUGAAUAAUAUCACAUACUUUUCGGGCUAAAAACAACGAUUUUCACAUUGAAACACCGAA